AUGACAAUGAGACUACAUAUGUUUACUUUGCAGUUAAUUGGUGUUACGAUGCAAUGUGAACAGUUUUUGCAGAGCGAAUGUAAUGGUUUUUGGGAGAUUCUUGACCUUCCUAACGUCACUUCUAAAAUGUUGAGAUUGAGACUGAAUACCGGGGUGUGUGGUGAUACAUCUCACCACAGAAAACAACAAAAGGAAUAGUGCAUCGUUAUACCCCCUCACUCAAAGUAUUAUCAAUAAAAUACAGUUCAUACACUUGAAUGUGAAAAUCUAGUUUUAUUAUUUAGUGAUGAGAAUAAUGGCCGAGUGUUUCCCUGUCUUCGUGCAUUUCUGUUCUUUGCACGUCGCUGUGCGUUUGCGGCCACAUAGUGAUGUUUGCUGCCCAUGCAAGAAUCUCGAAUUCUGGGAAUAUCUACAAUAAAGAAUGGUACGUUGGGUAUUAAGAACAAUAUAUUUCCCGAGAGGGCUCUUACAAAGUAGAACAUCUAAGAUUGAAAAAUUUUCCUAGCACUUAGAAAUAACGGAAAAGGGAGCAACAUAAAUAUAGGAGUAUUCAAUUUUAAUUCCUGGCAAACAGUAACUAUGAGCCAGUUGACUGUAAACAAGAGGGAAACAGCUGUGGUACUGAUUCAUGGCUUUGGUAAGUGCUAAUUUCUUAAAUUUUACUAUCAGAGAAUUUACUUUUAAACUUUAUAACCUUUUUUUAAUAUAGUCAAAUUAAAUUGAAUACAUUAAUUUUAACUUUGAUUUAGCCGAAGACCAUAUAUAAGUACCAAUAGUUUGUGCUUUCUUCACUUAAAACUUACUAUAUUAAAACAUUUCAAGAAGGUCCUUAGAGAAGUAAAAACUUUGGGCUAGCAAUAACUUAUUCUAUCGACGGCAAGAGUGGUAAAAGGAAUAAAGUGACUGAUUUAGUUAAUGCGAAGAAUAGGUGACCAUUAGAUAAACUUUUAAAAUAUACUAACAAAAAUCCAGACUUAUUUAUAUUUGGUAUAUUUUCCAUCUCGAAUAUUAGAUAGGUUUUCACUGAAAAUUGUGAAGAGAUAUAUUUAAAAGUAUACUGUGUGCGUUCAGUGUGUAGGGAGCAACAAAAGUGAUUGAAGAAAGAAAUGAAUGUAUAUAAAUCCGUAACAUUGCAAGCUAUGGUGCAAUCACAGGCAUUUCGUGCGCGUGUGUGUGUG